AUGCCCCGCGACGAAACCGUCCUCGAUGCGCCCGUCACCCCAGCACCAGUGUUCGCAUACCGCGCGAUCAAAAGCAUCUUCUUCGCGUCGCCCGAUUCCUCGCCCGACCGUAAUGACCACAAUGACGACAACAAUAACAACAAGGAGAACAUUGAACCGGGGUACGCAAAAUCGCCAUUGAAGAUGAAGAUGGCCCCGAACCCGAACCCGAAUCCAGCCCUCGAUGACCAGGUGCUGUUGACGCCCUCGCAUAAACGCAAAUGGGAUGGCGCAGGCACACUUGUUUCACCGACCAAGGGGAUUCUCCGCACACCUGGCCUGGCGACUCCGCGGGCCAAACUCCUAAAGGAUCUCAAUGUCAAGUUCAAAAGUGUCAGUCCCGAAGCGAUGGAUCUUGGAAACAAAACGAAGAACCAGCCUACGGACGUUGGAGUGGCUGGGAGGUCAGUCAGUGGACAUGCGAAACAUGGCGGCGUGGAGUCUUCAAAGACAGUGAACCAUGUCGGUGUUGUGUCUACGAAAAAGUCGUCAACACAGAAACAGCCAGCGGCGGAGUCGGCGCCCGCGAAAGUCCCGACCUCCACGAAGGCGAACGCGACAAAGACAACGACAAUGACAGCGACAGCUACGGAAGGGUGGUUGUCUACACAGGCGAUCGAAGCGUACAUGCUGCAGACGGAGAAAGAGAUGAAGCGACUGGUGCGAUAUGGACAGAAGAUGCGAGAAUACGCGCGCCAAAAGGACGCCGAGAACGAGGAGUUGAUGGGUAUGAUUCGGCAGCUGCGAAUCGAGAACGAGAAGUUGAAACAAGGCGUUGGUGCGAAAGAGAGAGGUUCUCAUCCUCUCAACUCUAAACAUGGUGGAGCUGAGCAUGCGGAUGCGGAUGCGGAUGCGGGUCUAGGGCGAGGAUACGUGCGGGAAGAAGUCGACCGGGUGGAAGACACGGCCAGGGGUCAUCACACUAGGAGCGUGACGGUGCUUCAGCGACGGUCGUUUCCGGGAGAUGCUAAGGAUGCAGAUCGAAGGAUGAAGGGGUUAGCUUCUGCGGUUGACGAGACUGUCGGUGGCGGUAAACUCAACACUCACGCCGAUGCGACGGGAUAUCAUCCAUGCUCGACAUCUGCGAAACACAAACCUGGAUCGCAUGUCUCUGCUGCGUCGGCGAACCAUCGGACGGCUCCUUUGACGGCGCAGCAGUCUUCGAACCAUCUAUCAAUAUCACGCACCCGCGACCAUGACCAUGACCACGAUCUCGACCGGCAAAUUUCUCACUCGAAAGGGGAUGCUUUGGUUGCAGCUACAGCUACAUCUAUGUCUAUGUCUACAAAUCCUGCGACCGGUACGGCAACUGAUACUGAUCACGGUGCGAAGGACCACUGGGCUAGAACGCGACCAGGUACGAGUAUUGUCACUGGCACUUUAUCAGCGGCCGGACUGUCGGUGGGAGCAGGAAGCGUUCGUCUGCCUCCGGACCGUCUGGCGGCAGCUCGAGAACGUCUGCGUCGUCGCACUGAAGCCCGCAAAGCCAGUGGUGGUGGUGGUGGUGGUGGUGGUGCGGACGGCAUUGAAAACGGACCCGGUCCAAUCGAUCCAGGCGAGAAAAUCGGAGCGUCGGAUCACAUGCGGCCUCGAAAUCCCGUGAAUGGACAUGGCGUGUUGGAGACUGAUGCUCACAGCCGCGACCAGAGCCAGGUCGAUUGGCUUGAUCUCUGA